AUGAUCUGCAAUGACUACACCACGAUCAACAAAUCCGACUUCAAUGCUAACCGAAUUGAGGCAAAGACGGAGGUCGGCGAAGUCGGCGACGUCGAAGUCCAAUACCAAGACGUCGUUACACAGGUGGCCGAGAGUGUGCAAGUGUUCAAAAAGGCUGCGGACUGCCCGGACGAGGAUGUCGCCUCCACCGUCCCCGACGAAUCCGAGGAGCAGGACCUGCAUCUAGCCGACCGAAAGCAGCUCCUCAGCUGCGGAGAUUCGAAGAUCUACGACCGUGACGACACAAAUGUCGGUGACGUCCUGAGGCAGCAACAGCAAGCACAACAAAGUGCAGAAGGAGGAGAAGAGGACACUGGAUGA